UCGUAAGCGAGUCGUGCAGUAGACGGCGAUGCUCUUUUAAAAAGGGAGUUCUUAGAAGUGUUAAGUCAAGUGCUGUUAGUCGGCGAACUGAUAAUCGGACUAUCCUGGUGACAGGAAUUAAGGAAGAUGCUGCUGGCGGCUAGUGCUGUGCUUUUCGGGUUGACCCUCGGUCUCUCCCACGCGAGCAUCCCAGCCCUCGACUCGACUCCAAGUUCCUUCAACAAUCAUGGAGUGCCACGAUUGGAUUUGGAUAGUCUUGAAAGCGGAUAUCACGGCCUGGUGAAGGAAAACGAAACUCUAGUCGAGGUCACGCCACAAAUACGAGCUUUAGGUGCCAAAGUCUGCUCCUUCCGUAUCGCGAACAAACAUCACGGCGAAGCACCCUUCGAGAUUGUUUUGAAAGAGAAAGGAAUUGCGGAGCUGAGAGCACUCCGAGUUCUGAACUGUGAAAAACGGCGCAACUACAAGUUCGACAUCGAGGCAGUUGGCUGCAAUGGCGCUCUAUCGGAAAACGCUACCGUGCAUAUCACCGUUGUGGACGUGAACGAGUACGCGCCGCAGUUUUUGCAGCCAGCCUAUGUCAGCACGGUGGACGAGGGUCGUUUGUACGAAGAAGUUGUCCGCGUGGAGGCGUCCGACAGGGACUGCACCCCGAAAUUCGGUGAUGUAUGCAAAUACGAGAUCCUGACCGCCGAUCAGCCGUUCAUCAUCGAUAAUGAGGGAGCCAUCCGGAAUACUGAGCCGUUGGAUUACGAACGAUCGCACAAUUACAUCUUAAGCGUGGUGGCCUACGACUGCGGCAUGAAACAAUCCGCUCCAGCCAUGGUCACCGUCAAGGUGAACCGUGUCUGCGCGCCUGGCUGGAGAGGAAUCCCAGAAAGGGUUGAUUAUGCCGCGGGCGUAGGUUCUCAACCGUUGCUUCCCUCCGCCAGGCUGGAUCUUUGCGACGCCCCGUGCAUAUUGCGCAACGUCAGAGCCACCUUAACCCUCGCCACCGACCAUAUAGGGAAAGGUUGCGACCGCGACACAUACGACGUACGCAGCCAACGUAAAUUAUGCGGCGCGUCACGAGACAGCGUCGAUUUAUUGCCAACUCCUGGGCCCACGACUUCCUGGACGGCGUCUUUGUCGCGUGACGAGGGCAGGGAAGCGGACGAAAUCUUCGAGUUCGACGGCGUCGAUUCCGCCGCUAUUGUGCCCAGCGAUGUGCUCGAGCAUUCCCUCGCGCAGAAGUUCACUAUUGGAGUUUGGGUGAAACACAGGCCCCGUCCCAGACAAGAUCCUCACGUUAAGGAACAUAUUCUAUGCGCUGCGGAUGAUCACAAAAUGAAUAGGCAUCAUUACGCUCUGUUCAUAAGAAACUGCAGACUGAUUCUGCUGCUCAGGCGUGAUUUCUCGGAGGGCGAUCCGAACAUUUUCCGGCCAGCCGAAUGGCGCUGGAAAGUUAGCCAAGCCUGUGACGACAAGUGGCAUCAUUAUGCGCUCCAGGUCGAUUUCCCGCAUGUAAGUCUCUACGUGGACGGAGAGGAAUGGCACACCGACGAGAAGAACCCCGAGGUCAUCGACGACUGGCCGUUACAUCCCGCGAAGGGUGUAAACACGACUCUGGUCGUUGGCGCAUGCUGGCAAGGCUCCGACAACAAAACGAAACAUCAUUUCCGUGGAUAUCUUGCCGGACUCUCCGUACUGGUUGGACGAAACGAGAAACCAGACGUUCUGUCCUGUUUGCGCCGUUGCCAGGAAGGGAUUCGCGUGCCGUCGAUGGAUUUGCUCCAGCCGGGAACCCAAUUGCUCACCAAUUCCGACUUGACAGAGGUACGAAUCGACGGAGACAAUCGCACCAACGUCGAAACGCUUCUCCGUCGUAUCGGUUACUCGAACACCAGACGAUUCCCGACUCCGGGCCGUCGUAAUUUCCGUCUCGAGACGACGAUCGUGUGCGAAGGCAGCGAGAACAAUCCGCUCCCUGUGCCAACCGUUCAAUCGUAUGUUACUGUCCUGCCACCGCCCCGUCCGGGUAUUACCGUAAACGGUACCGGUUACGUAGCUAGGGAAUAUGCGGAUUUCCGUUUAGGCGUGCGAGUAUUCCCGGAUGCUCGUGUCACUGCUGGCUCCGCGGCUAGGUUGGAUGCAUGCGCGGUCAGCGUUUACCCAAGCCUGAACCCCGAUCACGAAAGCUUGGGCCUACCUGGCGACGCUCUCCGUAGAUUCAAUUCUAUCGCCGCGCGUGUAGAUCGAGACGGUGUUGUGCUUUCAGGCGCUGAUACGCCGUUCAAUUAUCAACAACUGAUUCGUUUGAUUAUGUACACGAACCGUAAGCCAGCCUACUACCUCGACCGCGUCUUCAAAUUAACCUGCUCCGAGCUUAGCGGACGAUUCGCGAGCAACGAGUACGUGCAGACACUCGCCGUGAUUCAUCCGAAAGAGAAAACUACGGUCAUCCCACACUCGACUCCGGACGAGCCACCGAUAGCUAGAAUCCUGGAACCGGUUGUCGGUCACUCACAAUUGUCUCCCCAUCACGCGGACUUGCCGGAAGAAUACGCGACAACUGUCCUCCGCGAAGGGAACCGAGGUUUCGGUGCAGGUGGUAGCCAUGCUGUGACGAUCGUUGCCGCCGCUUGCAUUUGUUUCUUGCUAUUGAUGGCAGUGGUCGGAGCGGCCAGAGUUAGGGGCGCUGCUAAACGGCGACGAUCCGCCGGCGAUGAAUUGGCCGCCGAGACUGAGAUGGCUUGGGACGAUUCCGCGCUUGCUAUUACCGUAAAUCCAAUGGAGAGGCUUACGGAGCACGAUCCACAUCGUCAGAGCCAGAGAGACGAGGAUGUCGAUGAUUCUGGAAGCUCAGACUCGGAAGACGGAUCAUACAGAGAUGACGAACUGGACAGCUCCGACUGCGAAAACGAUUGCGAGCUAAGCAACGGUCGGCAUCGUCGUCACACUUCACCUCAUGACUUGGAAUGGGAUCAUCGUGAUGUUUAAAUUACUAUUCACCUCUGCAUUCACCAUCCCCUUUCUUUGUGUGGUGAUUAAGUGGAGUACUAAUUCGCAUUGUUUUUUUCCCAUUGUUCCCCUUCAAACGUACGGUUUAUUUCUUUUACCUCGUGUCGCUUCGCAGUGCAUAUAAAAUGCAUAUGCUGUCCUGUAGCAAGCAUCUAUUGUAUUUACUUGGACCAUUUAAAUGGAAUGCGGUGAACGGUCGAACGUUAAUGUAUCUCUGAAAUGAUAUUUGAAUUUUUGAUAAACCGAUUCGAUAUUCUUGCGCAACUGCGAAAGCGUCGUAUUAUAUCCGUCCCCAUACAUGACAAUUGGUAUCGUAAAACGUUAAUGCAUCAACUAGUUAGUACUCUCCUUAAAAGCCAGCAAAAUUUGUAAGAGUGCGGGACGCUUUAUCGAAUAGCUAGACUCUUUGUAUCUACAACAUGCCGCUGACAUUGGUAGAUCAAAGGUACACGUAAAAAGAAAUACUUAAGUCUACUGGGAAGUUUCUCGGUAAAUAUUGACAGCAAUUAAUUUAUAUUUG